AUGUCUCAGUUUGGAGUCAAGAAACCUCCUCUCUCAGCAAAGGCUGUUCUACAUCAGAGAUAUGGUGACAAGGCAUGUUACAAGGUCGAACAAGUGCUGGAGCCUGUCGAAAAUGAUUGCCCUGGGCUAGCAAUACUGCAUCACGAUCGGGUUCUCUACCGGUGCCAUUUACAGCUCCCUGAAUUGUCUGUCACUUCUGAAAAGUUUACGAAGAGGAAAGAUGCUGAGCAGUCUGCAGCAAAAAUGGCCCUUGAGAAGGUUCUCUUAUUUCGUCUGUGCAAUUUUCUUCUAUUCGAUGGACAACUGCUAGUCUGUGAUUCCAAGGACAUAUGACACUGUAAAAUCGGCAACAUCACUCCAUUUCCGUCUCAAACAUUUCGAUGUAUCUCGACUGUUUUCUAGGCUUUAAGUAGGAAAGCAGGGAUUCAAUUUCUACACGAGAUCAUGUAUACAAUGUAAUUCUGACCCAGAAAAUCGACUUUUUUGUCUCUAUAGGUUUUUUCAUGUUUUUCGAGCAGUUAGGCUCUCCAUUAUCAGCGCAGAAGCAAUUUGGCAUAAAAUAAACCGUUAAAACUAAGAGUUGAAGUACUUAAUAUGAUCUCUAAAUAAAUAUAUUUUGGGAAAAUAUAUGUUUUAUGUCCUCUCCAUAAAAGCUAAAUUUAUCCGUUGGUUAAUUAAUUGAUCACCGUCCAGAUGCCGUUAGUUAAUUUUCCCUGCAGAUUUUCAUAUUCUAGAGGGAUUACAGCAGAAACAUUAUUAUCAUGUAUUUAUGGACUUUAAAAUGCAUUAGGAUGCGUUUUUUCUAACUUUUCUGUAAGUGUUCUCUCUUUCGGAUGGUUGCCAUUUUUGUACCUUUUCAACCUCAGAGACAGUGGUUACACAUUAGAUUUCAAAUAAUUUCUGUCUGAGGUUUGAAAAGCAUUUGAAUAUAGCCUUUUUUGUCUUUCUAUGAAUUGUUGGAUUUUGAUAUCAGUAUUCGAUAACCCUGUUCUUACAUGCCAGAGAACUUAGGUGCUUGCUUUGGAAAUGUAUAUGAGAACUGUGAUUAGAUAGAUAUUGUCUUUUGGGAAGUUUCUAGCAUAAUUUUUAGGAAGUAGGAUGUGAAUCAAAAGUAUGAUGAAGUGAUGAUUACGGUGACGGGAUUUUUUUUUGAGUUGACUUUCUUUUCAGUGUACUUGAGCCCACUACUCUGCUGUUAUUCCAUCUAGCUAUAGAACCUUCGAAGAAUUGAUAGUUUUUAAUGUGAAAUCUUACCCAUACCUGUCACGCCCAUGAUGAUAUAAGUCUAGUUUGUCUAGUAAACAAUACCAUCGCGCAUUAUCUGAACCUUACAAACGCAGCUAUUAUAUUACGCAAUGUGUCCAGUAAAGUAUCUUAGUAGGAUCAUGCUGUUGUCUCUUGUUGCAAUCUAAUCGGCAUAGGUUGGGCAAGCAAGUGGGAAAAUGGUCUUGAAUUUUAUGAAAAGGAACUAUUAAAUGAAAUGCUACCCUGACGACUGGAUGGAUUUAUAUCUGAAAUUGAUUGGAAAACCUGUUUUCAUCUGCAUACCAGUUUCUUGGUUGAUUAUCUAAUUAUCCUUAUUAAAGAGAAGAGAUGGGAGGAGUUCACGCUUGGUUUGAAAAUUAAAUAUGUCAUAUUUUUCAUGAUUAUUUUAAAAUUUUGAAUUCUUGUGUUCAGUUCGUCAAUCAUGUUGAAUAUUUCUUUUCACAUCACACGCACUCUAAUAAAUAUGCUCAUCUGUGGGUUGCCGCUUUCUGAAAGGAAUUCUCUCUGCUCGUUGUAACUCCAUUUGAAAAGAAAUAGAGAUAAAUUAAUGUGCCUUAUUUUCUGGUAUUAUUUCGUUUGCUGAAUCAUGUUUAUACGGCAGGGUUUUUUAUUGCAUAAUUUAUUUUCAGUUCACCGAUAUUGCAUGCAGCUCGGCAUUCAGCCUACCACAAAAGACCUCACACCAGAGGAAGCCUGGGACGAGUUAAUUGUGCGCAUCUCCUCUUUGUUUACAGACAAGGUUAGUAUGAGUAUUCUAUUUUUCUGAUAUUUAAUGAUCUUUGGAAACGCUUCUUAGCUCUUGUCCAGCGAUUAUGUAGUUCUUCCACAUAAGAGCACAAAAAGCCAGUCUCGAUGGUUUCAUAAUGCUCUCUCUCUCUCUCUCUUUCUCUCUCUCUCUCACCAUUUUAUAAUCGUUCUGCUGCCGACGACUGGUACAUUGAUUGCCUAUAUCCUUGUGCUUCUUUUGUUUAUCUCAGCCAUUUGUCUCACGAGAUAGCCAAUAUUCUGUAUCCAGUCUUUCUUUUUGUGGUGCAUGAACGUUCAUCAGAGCUUCCUUCUGACAGCCUUCUGUUUGGCUUGUCUUCUUUCACGGGAAAGUUUUCUUUGUCAGGUCAUCCGAUUGUGGGUCACUUCCGAGCAGCGAUUAAGAGAGAGGGUGACACCCACGGAUUGAUCCCCGUCUCCAUCAUCGCCGCCUGUGAUUCAAAGAUUGUUAACUUGUGCAAACUGGUCAACCCCAAGGCAGGGUCAGACCCUCUCCUGGUCGUCUCUCUUGUCCUCAAGGCAGCGAGAUUGGUCAAUUCGAUCUGCGUUUCUGACAGAGGACUCUGGAUGGGGAAGAAAGGUUCAUAUUCUUCCGAUGCUCUUCAGUCUUUAAUCAGCCAUUCUACUACCUCCACAGACCAUGGAUCGAUCGAAGCGCUGUUCAUUCCAUCCUCCAUUGAGAAGCCCGUUGAGACAAUUACCCUUGAGCUAUCUGCUGGCCGAUGCUACAUGGAUGAAAUUUCUCAAAAGCUUGGUGUUGAGGAUUCAUCUCAUGUUCUAGUUUCAAGGUUCAGAAAACUUUGAAUUCUCAUCAGCCCUUGCGUCGACUGCGGCUAUGCUCACCGGUAGUCUGCUUGCUAUUGUUUCAGGGCGGUAGGCAAAGCUUCUUCGGAAAUGAGGUUUUAUUUUUCUUCUCCAAGAUGCCAACUUUCGUGCCCAGAUUUAUCAUCAUCAGAGACGCCUUUGCAUGGAGAAGAGCCCCUCAACCUGCUGGGUUCAUACUUUUCUGGUCAAAAUAUAUACGGAGAUGCUGUCUUGGCCACUGUUGGGUACGCAUGGAAAUCCAAGGAUCUCUUCUGUGAGAAUGUGACCUUGUCUACAUACUACAGGUCUUCUCUCUCUCUCUCCCCAUUGCUCCUUUGUUUAGUAUAUUUUUCUCAUAAACCCAUCACGAUGUUCUUCAGGAUGCUUCUUGGUAUGACACCCGAUGGAUGCUAUAAGCUGUCUAGAGAAGCUAUACUUGCAGUGAAGUUGCCGUCUUCCUUCACAACGAAGUCCAACUGGAGGGGCCACUCUCCGAGGGACCUGCUGUGCAUGUUCUGCCGCCACCAUCGCCUUAUGGAACCUCUGUUUUCAGUGAAGGAGCUUCCAGCACCAUCGGGAGCAUCACAAGGUCUCGACCAGCUGAAGUCAUCAGAGGGAUUGGGCGUUUUCGCCUGCGAAGUGAAGAUCUUGUCUAAGCAGCAAGACCCAAUACUCGAAUGCCUCGGGGAUGGCUGCAAGAAGCAGACUGAUGCAGUUCAGAAGGCCGCUUUGAGCGCCCUUUCGUGGCUGGACAGGUGCUUCAAGCGCCUGUGCGUGCCUCUUGAGGAGCCAUCGUCGUCGUCUUCCUCCUCUGGGUCUGCCCAGCAAAUCCGUGUCUACCCAGAGAGAUUCUCCCAGGAGCUCGCACACUGCUUCGCCGUCCAUGCCCGCCGCCCUCGGGAGAGAGACUCUCCACGAAUGCAGCCCACGCAGCCCGGACUGGUCUCUUUCAGAGUCGAAGGCCUGGAGUCUGGUGCGCCGCCAGCAGUGGGUUCCUUGGUCUCCAUCAGCUACACCAUUUCUCUGGUAGGUGGAGCGGAGGAAGGAAGCAGACAGACCUUGGAAAGCAGAGAUGAACUUGAGUUCGAGCUGGGGACUGGAGCUGUGAUCGACCAUGUCGAAGCAUGUGUCUCUCAGAUGUCCACUGGCCAGUCUGCUCAGUUCACCAUAAGCCUGCCUUCCAGGGAACUGGUCUUGGCUGCGUCUGGUCAAUCUGCCGAGCUCAUCUCCCCUCUGGAUCUUCGUGAGCUCCUCUUCCAGUCUGCGCUUCUUCUCCAUUAAUUAAUCUACGGCAUCUUGCAGGGUAUAAACUUGCUUUUUGAGUGCGGGUGAUCUUGAUUUCAUGCCUUCGCAGGGGCCUGCUCUCUGGAGUACUCACUGAAGGUGCUUCAGAUCUCCGAGCCUAAUGAGGUCCGGAUGGAGCAAGCUCUUUUCAGCCCCCCUCUGUCGAAGCAGAGGGUUGACUUUGCCAUGGGUCUCAUCAACAGCACCUCCGCCACUAGCCUGGUAUACUGACCUGCACCAUUCUUCCUCCCUCCCUUUUCUCCACUCCGUUGACUUUGAGGCGUGCAGGUUGACUUCGGUUGUGGGUCGGGUAGCCUCCUUGAUUCCUUGAUGGAGCAUCAGACGACCCUGGAGAAGGUUGUCGGCGUGGAUGUCUCCACCAGAGGCCUCUGCCGGGCAGCAAAGGUCAACGUUCACUCCAAUAAUCCAUUUAUUUAUUCCUGCAAUCAUGAGAAGAAACAUUACGUCUCUUCUGACUCGGCAGAUACUCCAUGCAAAGCUUGCUAAGGAGGACAGUCCAGUGGGAAGCUCCAUCAAAUCCGCCGUGCUCUACGGCGGCUCCAUCACCGACUACGACUCCCGGCUGCAUGGAUUCGACGUGGGCACCUGCCUAGAGGUACGAUGGUCGCCCUAAAUCUUCAGAGCAGCGAGAUGCGCCAUUGGAGGAGACCUGCUGAAGCAGACUAGCCUGCAGGUGAUAGAACACAUGGAGGAGGAUCAGGCGGGCCUGUUCGGAGAAGUGGUUCUGAGCUUGUUCUGCCCCCGCCUGCUGAUAAUCUCGACGCCGAACUAUGAAUACAACCCCGUGCUCCAGGGGAGUCUGAUGGCGGCGGAGGAGGACGACCGAGGGGAGAAGUCCCGGACCGCGCCCUGCAGAUUUCGCAACCAUGAUCACAAAUUCGAGUGGACGAGGGGGCAGUUUGAGCGCUGGGCCGUUGACCUCGCCAGCAGGCACUCUUACAGGGUUGACUUUGGGGGUGUCGGCGGGUCUCCUGGCGUGGAACCGGGUUUUGCUUCGCAGAUUGCCGUCUUCCGGCGGUGCGCUUCCCAUCCCGCGGAGGCGGGCCCGACCGCCGGGGCGGUCAAACUUUACGAGGUCAUUUGGGAGUGGCCCAGCUAG